CUCUGUUGUUGGUGAGGCUAGCAGAUGGGUCGGUCUAGACGAUCCAAAGCGAACCAACCAAACUGUUCCAUCGAAUGUGAUGAUUCCCAUCGAUACGCAAGUUUUGUCUCAUAAAAAAGAAAACUGAAAAAAUCAGCAACCCGUAAAACAAACCAAACAGCAAAACGUUCAAAAUGAACUUCAAAGCAAAGUUCACGCUCCUGGCUGUUGUGUUUCUUUCUGCUGCCACGGCAUUUGCCCCAGGUUUUGUGAAGCAUACCGCAAUGAAAUUGGAGAUGGGAUACGUUCCCGAUGGUCUGACGGAGGACCAGUAUCGAAAGAUCAAGAUGGACGAUGCCAGGAAAGCCAAGGGCAAAGAGCUUGGACGUCUCGGACCCAAAGGCUUCAAAUCUCGCUCUCUGCAGUCAUGGCAAGAAGCCUUUGACCAUGGCAAAGCGGGACACACAUUUGCUCCAAUUGACUAUAAGGAAAGGGUUAAACAAGGCCUUAUGAAGAAAGAAGACGUCCCCUACAUGGUUCGUGGGGGAAAUUGGGAUAAUUCCGAUGUCAAAGGUGCCAAAAAGCUCCAGUGGUCCAAGAAAGAUAAAGACUACGCCAAGGGUGGAUAUAAGAAGGAACAGUCGGCUAGCAUACUUGGAUCUGGACCGGGAUUUGACUGGACUGGUAUGGGUGAUAAGAAGAACAAGCGGAAUAUGCCGGGGAUGGGCUGAGCGGCAGGGUGGUCGAGCGACAAUGGCCUGGCGCAAAUUUCGGAAUCACAAAUUUUAUAUUCUGUCUCAGUAGCAAGCUAACACUGAAAAAGCAAAAAAAUUUAACUCAAUUAUUCGUGCAACUAGUGCUUUUGAGAA